CUGGUAAUACUUGUAUAUUUUUACCUACUGUAAGUAGGAUUAAUGCAGGAUUUUACCUGUAAUUCAGUAUUUUUACAUUGUAGUACUGAUACUUUUACUAAAGGGUCUGAGUACUUCUUCCACCACUGCAGGUCACAGAAUCUGAAGGGUCACCAGAUGCGGUGUAACACUUGUUGACAGUGAAUAUUAUCAUCGUGCUUCAGUUUCCUUGAACUUGUAGUUUCAGGUUUUGGUGAAAUGAAAGUGAAAGCGGCCUCCUGCAGUCAGACUCUCCGCUGCUUUCAGUCGGUCGGUAUUUGGACCGGACGGCGGAAUGAUGGAGGAGUAUCUGUGUCCUCCGGUGACCGUGGAGGGCGACUGGACUCCGGCUCAGACCAGAACCCUGAAGAACAAACUGCAGCUUUACUUCGGGAGCAAGAAGAAGUCAAACGGAGGAGACUGCCGGGUGGAGCUGGAUGACGGAGCUCCGACAGCCGCAGUUUACUUCAGAUCAGAGGAGGUGAGACAACGAGUCCUCGCAAAGGAAAACCAUGAAAUCAUCCUGGAGAAUAAAACUAUCAAGUUACGGCUGGUUUCUGCAUCAAGUCCGAAGAACAGUGACGACGUCUCAGAUUCAUCGACAGAUUCAAAGACUCAGAAGUCAGAAGUUGAACCUGGAAAUGGAGCUUCUGCCGAGAACAAAGAGGGUUCAGAGUCCGUUCAGAGCGUUGCGGUGGUGUUGGACAACGUCUCAGACAAAAUGUCCAGAGAUCUGCUGUCGAUGCUGGUGGAGAACAUCUCAGGGUUGGACGAGAGCAGCUACAGUCUGGAGAUCAUCUGGGAGACCAACCAAGCCGUGGUCACCUUCAGCAGCCCUGCAGAUGUGGAGAAGUUCCUCACUGUGAGUCAGAACAGCCAGAAGCUGGAGAAACACGAACUGACUGCUCGGCCGCUGGAGGCAGCAAAGAGUGUCCGAGUGGAGAGUCUUCCGCCGACUGUGGUUAAAGACUUGUUGGAGCUGUAUUUUGAGAAGAAUUGGAGUUUGCCGGAUCAUAUCAUCAUGAUCCCGGAUGAACAGGCUGCCAUUGUCACGUUCAAUGAUCCUAAAGUUGUUGAAAGCAUUUGCAUAAAAGAAGACUAUGUGAUGCGAUCCAUCCCUGUGAAGGUGUAUCCUUACUAUGAGUCCCUGGGCACCGCCUUGUACGGCAAAGAACGACCAACAUGGAAAAUGCCCGAGCCCUUCACAGAGUGUGUUCACCACGCUGUCUGGAAAUUCCUCCUAAUGAAGAAUCUUAUAAAAAGCAUCAAUGAACAGAUGCGUCCGUACUUCUGCAGUGUGGACUUGGAUAACCCUGAGGUGAAACUCAGCCCUCUCCCGAGUUUUUUGAGGCAGAAAGAUCUGACUGCCGAACACGUGGAUAACUGGAUGAGUACUGCCCAAAAAGCCUUCCGUCAGCAAAUGGCUCAGUACACGGCCUUCGAAUGUCCAAUGAACGCACCUGCGUGGGAAACUGCAGAGAAUGAUGUACGCUCCUUUGUCAGGGAAGAUGCCAUCCUGGUGCUGGAUGCAUCCAGGGAGAUUUUGACUGUGGCUGGCCAGGCUGACAAUAUAAAACAAAUCAGGGCUCCUGUGGAGAGCAUCGUUCUCAAAGCCAUGAAUCAGAUUGAACAGUGCACAAAUGGUGUUUCUGAGAGCCCGACAAACAGUGAUGAUGUCUCAGGUUCAGAGUCCGUUCAGAGCGUUGCGGUGGUGUUGAACAACGUCUCAGACAAAAUGUCCAGAGAUCUGCUGUCGAUGCUGGUGGAGAACAUCUCAGGGUUGGACGAGAGCAGCUACAGUCUGGAGAUCAUCUGGGAGACCAACCAAGCCGUGGUCACCUUCAGCAGCCCUGCAGAUGUGGAGAAGUUCCUCACUGUGAGUCAGAACAGCCAGAAGCUGGAGAAACACGAACUGACCGCUCGGCCGCUGGAGGCAGCAAAGAGUGUCCGAGUGGAGAGUCUUCCGCCGACUGUGGUUAAAGACUUGUUGGAGCUGUAUUUUGAGAAGAAUUGGAGAUUGCCGGAUCAUAUCACCAUGAUCCCAGAUGAACAGGCUGCCAUUGUCACGUUCAAUGAUCCUAAAGUUGUUGAAAGCAUUUGCAUAAAAGAAGACUAUGUGAUGCGAUCCAUCCCUGUGAAGGUGUAUCCUUACUAUGAGUCCCUGGGCACCGCCUUGUACGGCAAAGAACGACCAACAUGGAAAAUGCCCGAGCCCUUCACAGAGUGUGUUCACCACGCUGUCUGGAAAUUCCUCCUAAUGAAGAAUCUUAUAAAAAGCAUCAAUGAACAGAUGCGUCCGUACUUCUGCAGUGUGGACUUGGAUAACCCUGAGGUGAAACUCAGCCCUCUCCCAAGUUUUUUGAGGCAGAAAGAUCUGACUGCCGAACACGUGGAUAACUGGAUGAGUACUGCCCAAAAAGCCUUCCGUCAGCAAAUGGCUCACUACACAGCCUUUGAAUGUCCAGCGAACACACCUGCGUGGAAAGCUGUGGAGAAAGAAGUACGCUCAGUUGUCAGGGAAGAUGCUGCCUUGGUGCUGGAUACAUCCAGGGGGACUUUGACUGUGGCUGGCCAGGCUGACAAUAUAAAACAAAUCAGGGCUCCUGUGGAGAGCAUCGUUCUUAAAGCCAUGAAUCAGAUUGAACAGCGCACAAAUUCUGUUUCUGAGGUAAUGAAUUUGUCCCCUGCAGUGUUCUACAUCCUGAAGCAGGACGGGUUGCAGAAAGCAGCACUGGACAUUUCCCCUGAGAUGAGCCUCUCUUACACUGAUGACACCCACAAGUUAACCAUUUCAGGACUCCCUGCAGAAGUUUUCAAGACAAAAUCAUGGAUCUUAGAGAGGAAUGUGCGUAUGAGUAAAAAGCAGCUCGAUAUCCCCCCACGUCUUCUAGACUUUCUCAGGACAGUUGAUCCCAUGGACAUGUCCCAGGAUAUGUUCACAUCCCAAGGCAUCAGUGCCAUCUACAGCGUUGAGAGCAAAGGGGUUUUCCUGUUGGGGAGUUCUGACCGUGCCCUUGAUGACGCAGAGAGUAAGAUAAAGAUGGCUUUGUCUUUUGACACUCUAGAUGUGGAAGACCACGGAGUUCUGAAACUCCACAACUGGGUGGACCUGAACCAAAAGUUGUUAGACAUCUACAACUCCUCAAAGAAAAGAACAGUGGACAUUCAGCUCCACCCAGAGAGAAGAGAUAAAGUAACAGUGGCAGGCUUCCGGAAUCCAGUGAAAGAAGUCAGCCGCAGUCUGAAAGAAUUCAUCGUGAACUACUCACAAGUUCAAGAAACCUUUCGUGUCGAGUCCUUUGCUGUUGUUCUUUUUAUGGAAAAGAAAAAAUCACAAGAUUGCUCCAAUAUUGCCAAAGAUAAUGAUGUAACAUUCCAUUAUGAUUCAGAGAGGCCACGAAUUAUCAUUGCUGGGGCUCGUCUUCACGUCCAGAAAGCCAAAUCCUGCUUUAAGGAACUGACCAGUGCUCUCUUCACUGACAACUUCAUCGUGGACAAGCCUGGAGCUAAGAAAUAUUUCCAGUCUCAAGGAAGCCUGUUCCUGUCUACAUUAAUGACGGAGUUCAGCUGUAUGGUGGUGCUGCGUUCAGAGAAUCAAGAGGAAGAGGAAGAAGAGAACUAUGAUACCGUGAGUGUCCUGGCCACAGCUGUGAACAAAGAGUUCAUUGACCUUGAACCUACAAUGACAAUACCACAGCAGGCAGGCAGAAGAGGCAGAAGGAGUUUGAGAGACAACAUGGAAAUCAAACAGACUCGUAGUUUACUACGAGUAGACCGUCUGUUUGGUGAGAGAGGAGAAGGAGGAGAAGGAGUUGGAUACAGGGGAGGCCUACUGGGUAACAGGGGAGGUCAGAGCCCCAGGGGACAUGCUAAGCUUAGAGGGUAUGAAAGGCUGAUGAGGAUUGAGCAGACUAAAGCUCAGGAACGGAAGACUGUUCUCAGGAAGGGAAACAUUCAGGACCAGACUGUGACAAAAGUGUUUUUUGUACACAAUAUCUGUAUUGUUGGAAAAAUCACCUGUAUUGACAUAUUUUGGCAAUAUAUUGUUUGUCAGUGUUUCACCAGAGAGUUCAGAGGUGAGACUGGUCCGAGGAACAUUCAACAUGAAGCACAGGAUUUUAACGAGCCACCAGUUUGGCAAUCACUGAGAAAAUCACAACAGUCCUCAGCAUCCUUCGGUCAGGUAUCAUCACCCUCCCUCGGUGUGUACCGGAUGCAGAUGGGUCAGCUCACUCUCGAGGUUUCGUCCGGAGACAUCACCAAGGAGACCAGUGAUGUCAUCAUCAACUCCUCCAAUACGGACUUUACCCUCAAAUCAGGAGUGUCCAAGGCGAUCUUAGACAGCGCUGGAUUACAGGUUGAGCUGGAGUGCUCACAGAUCGUGAAUUCUCCGGGUUAUCAGCCUCGUCCGAUGAUUGUGACGUCAGCCGGGUUGUUGCCCAGCAAAAACAUCAUUCACAUCGUCGGCCAGACUGAUCCUGCAAACAUCAAGGAAGUGGUUUACUCAGUGCUGAAGGUCUGCGAGGACAACAAGUUCAGCUCCGUCUCCUUUCCCGCUCUGGGAACAGGUCAGGGAGGGGCCAACCCGUCGGCGGUGGCGGAUGCCAUGGUCGGCGCAGUGGUGGAGUUUGUGAGGAAGACGUACCCGAGGUUUGUUCAGAGCGUGAAGAUCUUGAUCUUCCAGACGGCCAUGGUGAUGGAGUUCCACAAGAGCAUGAAGAAGAGACAGGGAGAGGAUGUGGAGAAGAAGAGUGUCUUGACCAAGUUAAAAGAAACUGUCACUGCGUUUUUAACAGUAUCUUCAGAGGAACGACUCGGCACUGAUCGCUUGGUUCUGGAGAAGGAGUUUGAGCCCACAGUGUUUCAGCUGUGUGCUGAUAACGCCAAGGCUGUGAGUCAGGUUAAGAAAAGAAUUGAGGAGCUGAUUUUGGCCGAGCAGGCGAAGCGCACCAUCAUCGACCCGUACAUCAGUCAGCUGUCGCAGGCUGACAUGGAGGAGCUGAAGGCCCUACAGAGGAAUCUGACAGUCAGCAUCCGACUGGACAGGAGCCUGGAGGACCAGGAGCCCACCAUCCACCUGGAGGGCCUGACCAGGGACGUCAUGAUCGCUGAGUCUUCAGUGAGAGACAUCAUCCGGAGGGUGGAGAGGACGGAGAACGAGAGACACAAGGCCUUGCUAGUGAGUGGACUGGUAGAAUGGCAGUUUCAGCAUCGCAAUGGGAAGAUGGUGCCAUUCGACAUUUACACCAACCUCAACCUCGAGAAGGCUCUGGAGAAAAAACAAAAAAAUGUUAAAAUCAAGAUUAACAACCAAAUUUACACAGCUGAUGUAAUGUUUAAAAGAGCUGUUUCAACGAAUGGACGUGAACAGUUGGAACUACUUAGAAAAGACCUGAAAGCAGAUGAUGCUGCUCUGCCUUCACAUUGGGACGACAUGAAAGGCGACCUCAUGAAGCUGUUUCCUCUGACUGUGGGAUCUAAAGAAUACGGCGAUGUGGAGAAGGAAUUUCAAAAGACCGGCCUUUAUGCAAACAUCAUCAGUAUUGAACGGGUACAAAACGAGACACUGUGGCAGAGCUACCAGCUGAAGAAGAAACAACUGGAGGCGAAGAAUAAUCACAAAAACAACGAGAAGAUGCUUUUCCACGGCACCGGCCCCGACUCCAUCGAUCUCAUCAACAAACAAGGCUUCAACCGCAGUUACGCAGGAGCACAUGGAGCGAUGUAUGGCAAUGGCUCAUACUUUGCGGUGGACCCUGCCUACUCAGCGCGGGGUUACGCCAGGCCUGAUGCCAGGGGGCAGAAGCGCAUGUAUCUGGCCAGGGUUCUGGUUGGAGACUUUGUCCAGGGUAGAUCUAGAAUGAUCGCUCCACCUUCCAGAGUUUCUGGAAAUGCCUCAGACCUGUAUGACAGCGUCACCGAUAACCCUGCUAGACCAACCAUGUUCGUCAUCUUCAAUGACAUUCAGGCAUACCCAGAGUACCUGAUCACAUUUACAUAAACUACCAUGAUCCCACUGUGCAACAGUUCUGAUUACUGCCAUCAUAUCUCUUCUAGUUUAAAUUCACAGUCUAUAAGUCUUGUCACAGUCUUGAUUUAGUUUCCAAACACUCAAGAAAUGUAGAAGAAACUAUCACACCGUAUCUGAAUUUAAGGUUAAAGUUACCGGGAAGUAGUUUUAAUGAAAAAAAAACAUUGAAUAUAAAUAUUGAAUAUAAAUAUUUUAACACACUGUCAUUAUUUUCCUUCAUCUGGAAUCUGUCACAUUUUUUUCUUUUGGCUGUAGAGAGUUAUGGAGCUGUGUUGGACCGUUGACCUUCAUCCAAACCUCCCUUGCCUUCAUCGUUAGAUUCUGUCUUUGGAUAUAUGCAAAACCUUCCACCCAACUGAGAUCACGUGUGGUUUUAUGAUAGGCAUGGUUAGCUAGUCACAUCAAAUCACAUUAGAUUUGAUAUAAUUAUGUAAUACGGACCUUAAGUGUCUUUUGUGGGACUUUGUAGCAGCCAUGUUGCUGCCUACAUCUGGUAAAUGAUGUUUCAUAUCUACAACAUCGUAUCUGGGCAGUUUCGCUGCAGCACUGUAGCUUUCUGGUAUUAUCAGCCAUGCUAGUGUCAUGGCUCUAUGGAUGGAAAUGUUCUGUUGCUCCUCAACUUUGGUUGAAAUAUCUCAACAACUAUUGGAUGAUUACAGUGACAUUUUUAUGUUUCUCACAGGAUGAAUCCCUGACCCAGUGCCAUCAUGAUGUUCACAUUAUUGUCUCUUAGUGAAAUAACUCAACAUGUAUAGGAUGGAUGGCCAUCAAAUUUGAGUCAUGUCCCCUUCAGUAUGAACAGUGAAUCAUUAGUUUGACAAUCCUUUAAUUCUCUAUUGAAAACAGUAGAAACACAACCACAGACAUCUGAAAACACCAGAACCAGUUCAAGGAAAGUUCACUAUGUGUGUUUAAGGGAAUAAGUGGAGAUGCUGAAUUGCUUGUAAGACCUCGCUGUGACUCUGGACCUGUAAAGUUGGA